AUGAAGAACACAACAAUGAUUAAGAAAACAAAAGCAAUCUGGGCACUACUUAUGCUGGUAAUUCUGGCUUUGAACUUUGCACUAGUAUCCUCUAAAAAAAAGGGAAAGGGACCAAAGACAGACGAGAAAGACAUUACUAAUGAAAAUGGUGAUGACAGCGAGAAGGGCACCAAUGACAAGGGCACUGAUGAUAAGAAGGGAACUGAUGGUGAGAAUAAAAAUGAAGAUGACAACAAGGGUUCUGACGACAAGGGUGCUGAUGGUGAGAAUAAAACCGAAGAAGAUGGAAAUAACACUGGAGAUAGCGAGGAGGGUGAUCAAAAUGAAUCUAACCCCAUGGGGGAUAGACCAGUAAAGAAGUCAUCUGGUGUUAAUUUUUAG